UUCCAUACAGGAAUAGGAUAUCAUUUUGUUGCGACACCAGUACAACUUAUAGAACAUAUUUGAUAAAAUGAUGAACGGCUUAGCAAACAGUAAUGACGACACUAUUGAGUGCCCAUUGUGUAUGGAACCGCUAGAGGUUGAUGAUUUGACUUUUUUCCCAUGCACGUGUGGAUACCAAAUUUGUAGAUUCUGUUGGCACAGAAUUCGUACAGACGAAAACAAACUGUGUCCAGCAUGUCGAAAAGAAUACCCAGAAAAUCCUGCGGAUUUUAAACCGCUUACUCAAGAGGAAAUGAUUGCAUUCAAAUCUCAAAAGCGUCAAAGAGAUCAACAACGAAAACAAAAAAUAACUGAAAACCGGAAACACCUAGCUAAUGUUCGUGUGGUUCAAAAAAAUUUGGUAUUUGUUGUUGGGUUGCCGCCUCGACUAGCUGACGCUGACAUUUUGAAAAAGCACGAAUAUUUUGGAAAAUAUGGAAAAAUUCAUAAAGUUGUUAUAAACCCAAGUACAACUUACGCUGGAGUACAGGGUCCGUCAGCGUCGGCUUAUGUCACAUAUGUACACAAUGCAGAUGCAUUGCGAGCUAUACAAAGUGUAAACAAUAUUAUGAUAGAUGGGCGUCUAAUAAAAACCAGUCUUGGAACAACAAAAUAUUGCAGCCAUUUUAUGAAGAACCAACAAUGUCCCAAAUGCGAUUGUAUGUAUUUACAUGAGUUGGGUGACUCAGAAGCUAGUUUUACUAAGGAGGAAAUGCAUCAAGGAAAACAUCAAGAGUAUGAAAAACGACUGCAUGAUGUUUUAAUUGCCACUUCUGGGGUGAAUAAUAUAUCUGGAAUUGGAGGGACCGGUAAUGGUUCAAGUGUAGUUGGUAGCGGUACCUCAAAAGUAAACGCUUCGGGUACGAUGUCAUCAUUAUCAUCUUCGACAUCGUCUGUUGCAAAUAGUUCAACUUUAGGAAAUGCACAGCAGAAAGAAGCUUGGCCAAGUUUAUCAGUUUCUCCAAUUAAUAACAAAGAAACCUUAGGAACAACCUCUAAUAUGAACGGAAAAAGUAGAAAGGAAAAGUCACGGAACGACAAAGGCCGUCAUGAUAAAAAUAAAACUAAAAACAAAAGUCAUGUGUUCCCUAAUGCUAAUACAUCUAACAAAGAGAACUUUAUACCUGAUACCAGGGGUGAUUCCAGCUCUAUAACUAUAACAGCUCCAGCUGAGGAAUUAGUCAGUACUUCUACAAAAAUAGAAUUAGAUUCUGUUAGGAAUCGACAAAAAUCUGAACGUAACAAGGAAAAAGGAUCAAUUAAUCGUGCCUCACUUUCAAAAGAGCAUAAAGAAAUGAAAGAAGAAAUCCAAAAGACUUCGGCUGAAGUAAAUCAACAGUUGGAUCAUUAUGACGAAGGGCCGGAUUCCAGCAAAGAAGUAACUAAUCGCAAUGAAAGCAAUAUAUUCUCACUCUCAAGUCGGCCAGCGUCUAAUGUACAUCGGUCGCUUAGUUCUAGCAGUGGAAAUAGUGAUGAUCACUUGUCUGAAAGCAGUACAAGUGAACAAAGUUCACCUGGCAAUGUAAAGAAUGUGCGAUGUAAUAGUAACGCAACCCAUACAGAUAUGAUUAAUAGUAAUAUAGAAUUGGAAAAUUCUGAUAUUUUGGCAACAACGAAAACAGCAAACGUACAUAAAACGUGCGAACCAAAUACUAAAAAAAGAGAUGAAAUAACUCAAUCAGAAAUCCAAGAUGAUAUAGGAACAUUAAAUAUAGGAGGAAUUGACUUCACAAAGGAAGAUUCGGGUAUGUUAUUUUUAUUAACUAAAUUGUUUAUACUUUUGUAG